UGUGCACAGGUGAUUCUUGCAUAUAAGUAUGGCGUUUAAUAAUUUAAAAAGAAUAAAUGCUUUAUUAAAAAUUUCAAACUUUCGGUGUGUGUUGAAUGCUUUCAAGCAAUUACAUAAUGGCCAACAAUAUGGCAAAUAUGAACAUAAAAGCAGGAAGAAAACAGAAAGCAGUCGGGGUAGUAUUUGGAGAUCCAAUUUUAUACCGAUAGCUGCUGUUUCAGCAUUAUCAGCUUACCUAGUUUAUAACCAAAAGGACUAUAUUAUACCACAUGUAUCUGCUUUCACAUCUCCUCCGCUUUCAGGCCGACGAAAGCAAUAUAAUUUUCUUGCUGACGUAGUGAACGCAUGUGCACCCUCAGUGGUGUAUAUUGAGAUUAAAGAUAUGCGCCAAUUUGACUACUAUACUGGAAAACCAGUCACUGCGUCAAACGGUUCAGGGUUUAUAAUCGAUUCUAAUGGACUUAUACUAACUAAUGCACAUGUAGUUAUCAAUAAGCCGCACACGAUGGUGCAAGUAAGAUUAAACGAUGGUCGCACUUUCCCUGGUGUUGUAGAAGAUAUAGAUCAAACAUCUGAUUUGGCUACGGUUCGUAUUCAGUGUAAAGAUUUACCAGUCAUGUCUCUAGGGCAAAGCUCUACAUUGCGCUCAGGUGAAUGGGUUGUGGCUCUUGGUAGUCCUUUAGCUUUGAGUAAUACAGUAACAGCCGGCGUUGUUAGUUCGACGCAAAGGCCGUCUCAAGAACUUGGACUGAAAAAUCGUGAUAUUAAUUAUAUACAAACCGAUGCAGCCAUUACUUUCGGAAAUUCAGGCGGGCCACUUGUAAAUCUAGAUGGCGAAGCUAUAGGUGUAAAUUCAAUGAAAGUAACAGCGGGAAUAAGUUUUGCCAUACCAAUUGACUAUGUGAAACUUUUUCUAAAUCGAGCUGAAGAACGUAGAAGACAAGGUGUUAGCAAAAUGGAUUAUCCCGCUAAACGUUAUAUGGGAAUAACAAUGCUUACGCUAACACCCGACAUACUUUUUGAAUUAAAGAAUCGUACACAGAAUGUGCCAAGUGACUUAACCCAUGGCGUUCUGGUGUGGAAAGUAAUCAUUGGAUCGCCUGCACAUACUGGUGGUCUUUAUCCGGGUGAUAUAGUUACAAAAAUUAAUGAUAAAGAAAUUAAAAAUUCAUCAGAUGUUUAUGAGGCUUUAGCUUUAAAGACAAAGUCGCUUGAUAUAACGAUUUUUCGUGGCUUGAAGAAGAUGACUGUAAAAAUUGUGCCAGAAGACCCUUAAAACCGCGUAUAUUCACGAUUGUUUUCAUUCAUCACAAUCAUAUUUCCCAUGGCCGUUAAAGUUCAACUGCACUGCCUCAGAUAGCUGGCAGCUAAAAAAAUUGCCGCCAUUAUUUACCCAUACAUAUAUGCUUAUAGUAAUUUUAUUUUAAGCAGUAAAUAGGUUCGUUCAAGAAUGAAAGCAAACAAAUAUAAAAAUAAAUUAAAAGAAUUCAAUUUA